AGUUUCAGUAGCUGCGCCAGGUGGCAGCGUUUCCCAUAGUGGUAGAAAGCGCUCUUGUGCCAGUAACGGCUAGCUAUUCAGCUUUUCACCUCGCGCAAUACCCGCCGUACCUAACAAGUGAUAACAACCAGAAACCGAAAUCAUAUCGAAAAGAUUAAGGAAAAAAUGGGAAACCGAAAAAAACAGCAAACAGAAGUGAAUGACUGACGAAAGAAGUGAGGUGAUACUACAAACGAAAAAAAAAAAAAAAGGAAAUUGUAUCAAGAGGAAGAGCAUCCAAAACAUCAAACUGUGCCUCUGCGGAAACCUACCGGAGUAAACCGAGCUACCGUGAGUGAUAAAAGCCACCGAGAAAAGCACGCGGAUUGAACGAAAUUUAAUUUUAAUAGGAAACAUUCACCAAGUUUAACAAUAAACCGAACGGUAAUCGGUCAGUGCGGCUCUAUGUGAGGUUCGGUCGAUGAAGAGGCUGCACAGUGGUUUAAAAUUUUUCAGACGACGACGGCCAGAGAAACCAUAUAUCGUGAGGAUUCAAAUUGGUCAGCCAAUGACCGAACUGAACUGAAAACCGAAAAUGAAAUAAACUAACAAUCCAACAAUUGGUCCGAAGAAAGGCGAGUGAGUGAAAAAAAAACGUUGCAAUCAUCCCUCAGAAGCAGGAAAGUUCGCGUCUGCUCGAAACAAGGUUAACAUUGUGAGGAACAACAAGCUCCAAUUUGAACCGCCAGCCCCUGCUUCUUCUUGUCCCGACCAGAGGGGGAAUCUGAUUUUGGAUGUGUUAAUCGGCGUACACGUUUAAAUGGUUUAAGUUUUUUUUGACGGAGAAGAAAAAUCGCAUAAACUACUAAAGUGGUGCAGAAAAGCAGCAAUUUCGUUGCGGCGGGCGGAAGGAGCAACAGCUUGAGAGGGGCGGUUGAUGGUCGAAAUUGAAGCCAGUGACAGCAUGUGACCCAUUAGAGACGUGAGGAUGAUGCACCAAACCCGACGACAACAGCAACCUGCAGCCGGUCAGCAGCCUCCACCACCACCAACGCCUGCUGCGACCGGCCCUGGACCUGGAGGAGGGGGCCCCGGGGGUGGCGGGACGGAGAAUAUUACCAGGAGAGGAAUUCCUAUUUUUCGGAACAAUCGCAAUGCUAACAGUUCCAGAACAAGUGCAAUAUCGGUAGGACCUAAGAUAGACACGGGACGGAAAGUUGCGGAAUCGGUGCCCGGAAGAGGAAGUCAAGGUGAACUGGACCAUCUCGAUGAGGACAUGUUCUCAAAGGUUCCCAAAAUGGAGUUACUGAAGGUUAACUAUGUGAAUUUGAAAAACGAUGGCGUUGCCGGAAGUGAGAAGAAGAAGGGGGCUGAUGAUAAAAAGGUUGCCAAGGGAACGGUGGCAGCGUCUGCGCCCACUAAAGGUAAUGUGGCAAGUGCAAUUAAAAAGCAGUUAACCACCAGUAGCGUGAAUUUGACGAGCAGUGCGGGUAACGGGUCGACACCUAACCUCAAAGAAGUCAAAUCAAAGUAUUUGGUGUACAAGAAGCAUAACGGGUUUGGAUCGAACAAUUCGAUUGCCGAAAUAGGGGCAAAGCUGCAAUACAUAAAUGAUACCGACGUGAAAUCCAAGAACGGGAAGAAGAAGUACGCUAUAUUCGAUAGCAAAAAGAAGAACAAGUUGGAAACAGUUCAGUAUUAUUUCGAUAGUAGAAGUUACGAGCGUUAUGUUGAUAACAAACUUUACGGAGUGGUUAACAAAGAUGGACAGAAGCAACCGCCGCCUGGUGCACGAGAGAUGAGUCCAGCUCCUCACAAACCAGAUCCCAAACAGGAAUCAGUAGAUCCCAAUAAACGGCUGAGUUGGGACUUGCGAUCCAACCGACCAAGUAUGCUCCGAGUGAUAAAUCAAUCAGGAAAGAAACCAUCGGAGACAAAUCUUCAGCCGUCACCAUCAGUGAAAAGCCCCACCUUCAAGCAACAACCGCAACAGCUUCAUGAUGCCCAUAACCGUUUCAAACUACAAAAGAGCCAUACCAGUACCAAUCUGAUUACACGCCAUAGAUCAAUGAACGACAUCCAUCGGAUAAAUCAAUUGUUCCUGGAAUCGAAAGGAAUCGGCGAAGGUGCUUCCAUCGGCGUUCAUCCACCACCUUCACUUCCUUCUAUUCCUCCACUUCUAUCACGACAGCACAGUAGCAGUGUGAUCGCAUUAAAUCGCAGGGUUGUGACCAAAAACACAAACCCUGUAGUGAUCGGAGCUCCAACUGGUGUCGUGCGGGAAAACGUUCACCGGUUCGAGAAGAAUAAGGCCAAGAAUGACGAAAUGUCCGCAAAGCAGCAGAAAUAUUUGGUGCACAAACGCCUGAGUGCUCGAUACAAGGCCGAAGAAAGCGCACUGUCGCUGGCAGCUGCAGCAUCAACGCCAUCCACACCGUCCCCCGCACCAGCUAUAGGAUCCGACGAUACGAUCAGUAAACGGAUCCGCAGGAUCAUCGACGGUCAUAACGGUACCGGAUCGACGGAAACGAUCAAUUUCUGCCCAGGAUCAACGACUACGACGACGCAUCACCACAAACAGCAAGAACCAAAGCGGGAACUGUGUAGAGUGCGGUCGAAGUCUUUGGAACGGACACUCAGCGAUGACGACAUGAGUACACUGAGUGCCAAGAGCAGUAAGACUACAUGUGGAUACAAAAACUGCAAGUUUUCCAACUGCCCUAUGUCUUCGUCGUCUUCCUCCUCGUCUGCUUCAACGGUAUCUAGUUCCUCCUGUGGAUCUAAAAAGUCUGCAUCUGCCGAAAGCCACAAGAGUUCUGGAAGCAACGGCAGUAAGUGCAAAGAGAAGGAACCGGAAAUCCUGUGCGGUAAGCGGACGUCGAUCGUCAUCAACGACAGUGACAGCGAGAUCCUGCUCAACAACGCUCUGAACGACAAGCUGAACAACAGCGCCGAGAACGUGCGCGUGAUUUCAUCGAAGAUUAAAGAGAUAGAUUUGGAAACCAAUCGGAUGAUUAUCGAGAAGUGCAUCGAGCCGAUAGCCGAUAUUACCGAAACUGUAUUGGCCAGGCAAAAGUUUUGGAAUCAACAGAAUCAGAGGAAUAUCAAACUAAACAACAACCCGCAAAACAAAUCCUAUGACGAUAAGGUCAACAUAAACAACAAAAUCAAAAACGAGGAGAACAACAGCAUCAAGAUUUUCAUUUCGAGUCAAGGAUCGGGCAAAAGUACAACCAGCAUAAGUGAGCCGGUAUCAUUGAUUUCAACAUCAGCCAGCGGAAGUAGCGGAGGCGGGAGUUCGGCCGCUUCCACGGUGAGUUCCAAUGGAGGAGAUUCCGAUAAGGACGAUGGCUACUACGAUCAGAGUGAGAGGUCACUGAGUCCCGCUGACAACAACAAGCAGCCGUUGUCGAUUGUUUCCACCGUCAGCACAGGAAGUACGGUUUGCAGUGAGGGAACAAACAUGUCAAGUGUGACGUGUAGUAACGGAAACUCCAAUGUGCAUCGAUACACGUCCAAAACUAGCAUUAGGCUCGGGUGUGACGGAGCCUUGUUUUGGAACAACAACUAUUUCGAGGACCUGGACAACUGUCAAUCGAUGGGUUCUGGAGAUGGUGAUGGCGGAGGAGGAGGAAACGGAGGAGGAUGUUGCAAUGGAGCAGGAAGUUGUUGCUGCUGUUGUCGACGGCGAAGAAGUAUUGCACUGGGCAGCAACAGUUGCAUCAUUAGUUCGAUCGACAUCGGUGGCUGCAAUGGUUCUGUUGUCAGUGGCAACGGAUGCGCUAGUCAUGGAAAUGGAAACGGAGUUAACGUCGGGGGCUGUAGUGGUGGGAGUGGGGCCUGCAAUGGAGGAGUAAGUGGCGGCGGCGGAGUGAUGCUGAGAAAAGCACAACUUUGCCAAUGCGGAAUGGCGAACCACAACAGUAAGAUUGAAAGCUUCUCGUCGAGGCCCCGCUCAAUCGAGGGACCCCCGGACUCUGGGAUAUCCAUCAGCAGCGAUACCAUCAUUGCCAGCUCGGACAGUGAUCUCAAUCUGCAGAGUCAAACGCAGGAUUCGGACGAGCGGAAACUGAAACGAGGUCACGUGCUUGCCGAGCUACUCGAGACGGAACGGAUCUACGUGGCGGAAAUGGGAUCAAUUUUGAAGGGCUACCGAGACGAGAUGCUGUCGGAGGAGAUGAGUUCACUGGUGCCACCAGGACUGCAGGGCAAGGCAGAUAUCUUGUUCGGAAAUCUGCACGAGCUGUACACCUUCCACAAUGACAUUUUCCUGAAGGAUCUGGAGAACUGCAUAUCCACCACCGAACUAGUCGCAUUGUGCUUCGUGCAGAGGCGGGACACAUUCUUCCGGUUGUAUUCGUACUACUGUCAGAACAUUCCGCGCUCCGAACGGCUUCGAGAGACCCUUGUGGACACGCAUCUGUUCCUGCAGGAGUGCCAGAAGAAGCUCGGCCACAAACUGCCCCUUGCUGCAUAUUUGCUCAAACCAGUACAAAGGAUCACCAAGUAUCAACUUCUCUUAAAGGAUCUGUUAAAAUUCAGUGACACCGGAACGUGUUCCCGGGAGCUGCAGAAGGCGUUGGACUGUAUGCUGGUGGUGCUCAAGUGCGUUAACGAUUCGAUGCAUCAGAUUGCAAUAACUGGUUUUCCCGCCGACCUCUCGCAGCAAGGGGAACUUCUGCUGCAGGAUUCGUUCCAAGUGUGGACUGAAAGUAAAAAAGAUCUCCGGUUGCGACUGAAAACCCAACAUCGGCACAUUUUCCUCUACCAGAAGGCAAUGCUUUUCUGCAAACAGGGUUCGAAAACCGGCCACAACAAGAGUACCUACCAGUUCAAACACUGGCUACAGAUGUCCCAAAUCGGUCUAACGGAAUCGGUCCGAGGCGACCCACGGAGGUUCGAAGUGUGGCUCCAAGGCCGACAGGAAGUGCACACGAUACAGGCCAACACGGUGGAAAUCAAGAACAAGUGGGUGGCCGAGAUCAAACGGGUGCUGUUGAACCAACUGGAAGAACUCAAGGGGGAGAAAAUCAAACAGUACGGACUGAAUCACAAACCCCUUCGUCACACGGCCUCGUGGGACCUGCCACCGUCGAUACAUGGGACGCCCAACCGGACGCUGAGCUGUGACCAGCAGCUACCCCCACCGACCAAUGGCGGCAUCGGAAACAUUCAGCACCACCCAGCGAUGGGCCACCAGCAGGAUGUCAUCACCCGCAUUUCGCACCUGACCGAGGACAGCAUGAUGAGUGCUACGGGCAUUUCCUCUUCCUCGUCCGAACACGACAAUCAGGAAACGAAUGCCUGGAGCUCGGACUACUCGAAUAGUGAGGACGAAUUUACGCACGGGGAGGAUGGCGUACUGCCGGGUCAUAAGUUUGUAUCGCUAGCGGACUAUUGUGCGAUGGGAAACUCGGAGGUUUCCAUGAAGGAAGGAGACAUUGUGGAGCUGCUCAAAAUCGGAUGUGCAGGGUGGUGGUUUGUGAAGGUCAUCGGCAAUAGUCUCGAAGGAUGGGCCCCGGCAGCAUACCUAGAGCCUAUCAACCGGAAGUCGUCCAGACUACGUGGUGCUCGCAGCCAAGACAAACUGAACGAACAUUAAAGUGAGAUAUGUUCAGGGAUUGUACAUUUUUUCUUAAGUCAGUACUGUUGGAUCAUUGCAUGUGUAUUUAUUCGAGAACCAUUUUCACGUCCAUUACGCUGUCAUCAACUAUAUAUUCAUCGGUUCAUCAUAUCAAGCAAACAGUUUAAACCAGAACUAGAGACUCUCUGUUAUACUAGCCAAAAUAUACACCGAUAACAUACCUACAAAAAUUAUUAGAAGCGAAAGUUGGUGGAUAAUAGAGAAAUCAUUGCCGUGUGUUAGAUUUAAUUGUGGUCUUAGCAAUUUAUUGAAAAACGCUGGCGUGCAGUAGAGUAGAAUCCAUGAAAAGUUUGAAAACUGACAAAAAGUAAUUCUCUAAUGUAAUGGUAUGGUAGUUACUUUUAGAUACUUCCCCAGGAUCUCGGUGUUCCCAUGAUCGAUGUUUCUACUCAAUUGUUCCCCUUCGUAAAGGCUUCACCAUAAUUCAGCAUUUGUCCGCAACAGAAAAUAAAACCAAUCAAAUAAAUACACGCUUGCAUAUCGAUUCCCGAAAUAAUCCAAAUUUAAGCAUAUUUAAUGUUGAAAUGUAGAAUAAACCAAAGCAUUAAAACGAGAAAAGCUCACAAAAAUUAAAACUGUUUAAAAAGGUCGACACACAAUCGAGUCUACUAAAUCGCCAGGCUUUUUGCAAUGAUAGAGCAAACCAAAAGACACCAAAAUCAGAAUCGCCAACCAAUCAGUGACGCACCCCUCUGAAAUGACCUAAUCUUUCCCUGAACGUUCAACUCUUUGAGAAGGGCGAAAAUAUCAGGUCUCAUAGUUUUUAACUUAUUUAUUUAUUCGUUAGAUUUGUAUUGCCUCGAACCGCGAUGAAUGUCGUUUAAUGUUUUACGUUUUCCAUUCAUCAUGUUAGAGAGUAUUUUGUUGAUUUAUUCGUUUGUAGUUCAGUUGUACCUUAUUUACCUCUUUCCUUUUCCUUCACACUGCGAUCAGCGCACAGAAGCUCGUCAGUAUGAUGGAAAAUCGAAGCGAAAAGGAAACUGUUGGUGAAGUCUCGUUUGUAAAAUUGGUUCUAGUUCUGUAAUUUUUUUUUUUUUUUUGUUUUAAGCUGUUUCUCGGAAAAUAAGAUUGGAAGUUUAAAAAAAUCCGAAGCGUUGUUUGUAAGGCCGUUUAGAAUUCGUACCUUAACAUUUUUCCGAUGCAUUUUGGAAACAACCAUACGGAAACGAUUUUGUCAUUUUAGCAACGUAAAAAUUUUGGACGGAAAAACUGUACUUUUUACCACUGUGCUUGUUAACAUUAUUAGCUUUUAGAUUCUACAUACAAACAUGAAAGUGCGUACUGCGUAUUAGUCCGCAGGUAAGAGACGAAUAAAUAACAUUGUCCGUCUAACAGCGGCUCUGAUUGUGCAAUUACGAGUAAAAUUAGCUCUAAUAUUAUUAAGAAAAAAACAGGCGGCAAUAUUUGUAUUGGAAAGAAUAUUAUUACAUACAUUUAACAGAAGAAAAAAGUAAUCAUUUGCUUGUAAAAAGGGUCGAAAAAUCGUUAAAAUUGCAAUCAGCUGUGGUUAAUCAAAUUAACAACAAAGUACUACGAGAACAAUGUUUGUUCAAUAAACUGUAACGAAACAAG